AUGAUUUUUGACGACGACGAUGAUGAUCCUCAAGAAUACGAGGAGAACGAAGACAUGCAACAUCCAAUGGAACAGGACGACGAAGGUGAUGAACAACAAGAGAUGCAGCAACAUUUGGAUGACGAUGAAGAGGAAGACGAAAUUUCGGCUGAAUUGUGGCAGGAAGCUUGUUGGGUGGUCAUCUCUGCCUACUUUGAUGAGAAAGGUUUAGUACGUCAGCAGUUGGACAGUUUUGACGAAUUCAUUCAAAUGAGCGUUCAACGUAUUAUUGAGGAAGCACCGGCAGUGGAACUUCAAACUGAGUUACAACAUACAACUGGAGAAAUUGAGGCACCAACCAAAUUUACUUUGAAAUUUGGCCAAAUAUAUUUGUCUAAACCUACUCACUGGGAAAAGGAUGGCGCUCCAACUCCGCUUAUGCCUAACGAGGCUCGUCUUCGCAAUCUGACAUAUUCAUCACCUCUAUAUGUUGACAUUGUUAAAACAAUCUCAAAAGAAGGAGAAGAGGAUAAUGUUCAGCAUUACAAUAAAGUAUUUAUUGGAAAGAUUCCAAUUAUGUUAAGAUCGAGUUAUUGUGUUCUUUCAAAUUUAACGGACAGAGACUUGACUGAACUCAACGAAUGUCCUCUUGAUCCUGGUGGUUAUUUUGUUAUUAAUGGAAGUGAAAAGGUUUUGAUUGCCCAGGAAAAGAUGGCUACAAAUACGGUUUAUGUUUUUGCCAUGAAAGAUGGAAAAUAUAUGUACAAAACAGAAUGUCGCUCUUAUUUGGAAGGAUCAAGUCGUCCAGCUUCUACACUUUGGGUCAACAUGACAAACAGAGGAGGUAAAUCAGCUAAAACUGCUACUGGCCAGAAAAUUGUUGCAAUAAUUCCAUAUAUUAAACAGGAAAUCAACGUCAUUAUUCUCUUCCGAGCUCUUGGUUUUGUUUCUGAUCGAGAUAUUUUAGAACACAUUAUUUAUGACUUUGACGAUCAAGAAAUGAUGGAACUUUUAAAGCCAAGUUUGGAUGAAGCUUUUGUGGUUCAGGAACAACAAGUUGCUUUAAAUUUUAUUGGAACACGAGGAGCUAAACCAGGUGUAACCAAAGAAGCACGUAUUCGCUACGCAAAAGAAAUCCUUCAAAAAGAAAUGCUUCCACACUAUUUCCUCGGUUAUAUGGUACAUCGUCUUUUGUUGGCUGCUUUGGGACGUCGUGAACUUGAUGAUCGUGAUCACAUGGGAAACAAACGAUUGGAACUUGCUGGUCCUUUGUUGGCAUUUCUCUUUCGUGCUCUUUUUAGAAAUUUGCUUAAAGAAGUUCGUCUGGUUGCUCAAAAAUAUAUCAACAAAAAUGGAGAUUUCAAUUUGGAUGUCUGUGUUCGACCAACAAUAAUUACUCGAGGCCUUGCUUAUUCACUUGCAACUGGAAACUGGGGCGAACAGAAGAAAGCACAUCAAACACGGGCUGGUGUUAGUCAAGUCCUCAAUCGUCUUACAUAUACAGCUACACUUUCACAUUUACGUCGUUGCAAUUCGCCAAUUGGCCGGGAAGGAAAGUUGGCAAAACCCCGUCAAUUACACAAUACUCAAUGGGGAAUGGUUUGCCCUGCAGAAACACCUGAAGGUCAAGCUGUCGGUUUGGUAAAGAAUUUGGCUUUGAUGGCUUAUAUUUCUGUUGGAUCGCAGCCUGAACCAAUUUUGGAAUUUCUUGAAGAAUGGAGUAUGGAGAAUUUGGAAGAAGUUUCCCCUCUCUCAAUUGCUGACAGUACAAAAAUCUUCGUCAAUGGUUCAUGGGUUGGUAUCCAUCGAAAUCCAGAUCAAUUAAUGGCUACACUUUUAAAACUUCGUCGUCAAAUGGAUAUUAUUGUCAGUGAAGUCAGCAUGGUUCGAGAUAUUCGUGAUCGAGAAAUUCGAAUCAACACUGAUCAGGGACGAAUUUGCCGACCUCUUUUAAUUGUGGAGAAUGGAAAAUUAAAGUUAAAGAGACGACAUAUUGAAUUAUUAAAAGAACGUGGAACUGGUGAACAACAAUUUUCUUGGUCUGAUUUGGUUGCUGGUGGAGUUGUUGAACUUAUUGAUGCUAUGGAAGAAGAGACUAUAAUGGUUGCAAUGGUGCCAGAAGACUUGAAGGCUGGUGGUUAUUGUGAUACUUACACUCAUUGUGAAAUUCAUCCGGCAAUGAUUUUGGGUGUUUGUGCUUCAAUUAUACCAUUUCCUGACCAUAAUCAAAGUCCAAGAAACACUUACCAGAGUGCUAUGGGAAAACAAGCGAUGGGCGUUUAUACAACAAAUUUCCACGUUCGAAUGGAUACUCUCGCACAUGUUCUCUAUUAUCCACAAAAACCGUUGGUAACAACUCGUUCAAUGGAAUAUUUACGUUUUAAUGAGCUUCCAGCGGGAAUUAAUGCAAUUGUUGCAAUUCUUUCAUAUGGUGGAUACAAUCAAGAAGACUCGGUUAUAAUGAAUCAAUCAGGAAUUGAUCGUGGCCUUUUCCGUUCUGUUUUCUACCGUUCUUAUAGAGACCAAGAAUCAAAUAUCGACAAUGUUAAUGAAGAAUUGAUUGAAAAACCAACGCAUGACAAGUGUAAAGGAAUGCGUCAUGCUCUCUAUGACAAAUUAGAUGAUGAUGGAAUAAGUUCGCCAGGCACCCGAGUUUCAGGAGAUGAUGUUAUUAUUGGCAAAACAAUUGCAAUAAAUGAAAACGAAAAUGAACUUGAAGCUACUGCUUCUCGUUAUCAAAAACGUGAUUCUUCUACAUUUUUGCGAAGUAGUGAAACUGGAAUUGUUGAUCAAGUUAUGUUAACAGUAAAUGCAGAUGGAAACAAAUUCGUUAAAAUUCGUGUUCGUUCAAUUCGUUUACCUCAAAUUGGAGAUAAAUUUGCUUCGCGUCACGGUCAAAAGGGAACAAUGGGAAUGAUGUAUAGAGAGGAAGAUAUGCCAUUUACUCGUGAAGGUCUUGUUCCCGACAUUAUAAUUAAUCCACACGCUGUUCCAUCACGUAUGACAAUUGGACACCUUAUAGAAUGUCUUCAAGGAAAGUUAUCAGCAAAUAAAGGAGAAAUUGGUGAUGCAACACCUUUUAAUGACACAGUCAACGUACAGAAAAUUUCAGCAUUAUUGGCUGAAUAUGGUUAUCAUUUGCGUGGAAAUGAAAUUAUGUACAAUGGAUUUACUGGACAGAAAUUAACUACACAGGUAUUUAUUGGCCCAACAUAUUAUCAACGUUUAAAACAUAUGGUGGAUGACAAAAUUCAUUCUAGAGCGAGAGGGCCGAUUCAGGGAAUGAAUCGUCAGCCAAUGGAAGGAAGAGCUAGGGAUGGAGGUCUUCGUUUUGGGGAAAUGGAAAGGGACUGUCAAAUUUCCCACGGUUGUGCUCAAUUUCUUCGUGAACGUCUUUUUGAAGUUUCUGAUCCAUACCUUAUUUAUGUUUGUAAUCAAUGUGGAUUAAUUGUUAUUGCAAAUCAACGGACUAAUACAUUUGAAUGCAAGGCUUGUCGAAACAAAACUCAAGUUUCUGCUGUCCGUAUUCCAUAUGCAUUUAAGUUGCUUCUUCAAGAGCUUAUGUCAAUGUCAAUUGCGCCGAGAAUGUGUAUUAAAUAG